CGAGGCAUUCAAAAUGGCCGACGCACCGACAAAUACAAUGUCUACAAAAUAGCUUAGCUUUGCAGAUGUUUUCCUGCRCCGUUUCCGACGAAAAAGCCAAAUGCUAAACGCUUAGUCUUAUUAUGUGAUAUUCCAGAAAAAAAAGACUUCAUUUKUGUUCGCCUACAAGAAGAAAUAGCAAUUUACUAAUACGCGUAAGUUUAGCUUACUACAUGUGCAUCACCGACCGGGACCAGCCAACUUCAUAAAAUUUGACCAAGUGAAGUCCUUUCUCGUAAUAACUUCAAGCAUAUUACUACUACAAUCAGUUUUAACUUAGAAUGGAUGAAGCAGAUAAAGCAAUGGACAGCGAAGCCAAAGAAGAGCAAGAAGGCGAAGAGGAAUUGACCAAGAAACACAAGACAACAACCAGCUAUGGCUUUUCGAUCGAUUCUUCACGAAUCCGAGCMGUGCCAGUAGAGGAACAGUCCUCCGUGUUAAGAAACCUUGGCAUCGAUGUUUUUGACCAAGAAGAGUUUGAACAAGGAGUCCUCAAGCAAKUAGACGAGGCAAUAGCAGCAAAAGAGUUAGAGGCUGACAUCAAAAGAUGGGAGAAGGAUCUCAAAUCUGUGAACGAGGAAAUAAGAAUGACACUCACAGAGAUUGAUCAAAUCGAAAGAGUUUUGAAAGGACUUCAGACCUCUGUCACUAGUAGUUAUGAAUCAAGACGUCGAGAGGAGGCUGCAAGGAGGCAGUUGGACAAUAAGAUGAAACAGYUAAAGAAACUUGAAGCAAGUCAAAAGUCUUUGAAUAAUAAACUUGGURUUAGUGUUGAUGGAAAAGAAAAAGAAGAGAUUGAAGAGACUGAAGAGAAGCAUGGUACACAGCAAAACAUCCUUCAAGACAGACUUCAAAUAAUGAAGGAGCUACAAAAGGAAAGAGAGCAGUUGAUAGAAACUGGAGAAAUGACUCCUUUUGGUGGCAGUGUUAGUAAAGCAAGCACUUCAAGGCACGAUGAAGAUGAAGCCACAACAUUUGACAAGGACAUUUUCACAGAUGAUGCUGAUGAUAAUGAUGAUGAAGCACCACCUGUCAAUCAAUCUGACCAUGAAAUGGACAGUGAYGAGUACAUCCCAGAUGAAGAUGAACUCAAAGAGAGCUGGUAUGAAGGAGAAASAAGAAAAACAAAAAGUGUAAAGUCAAAGAGUUCAAAUGCUCUCAAAGACCAACAAGUGAGACCAAAUGCCAUUUACAGAGGUGAAGAUGCAAUACAACCAAAGCCAAAGAAACAUCGAGAAUACUUUAGAGACGCUCCUAAUGAUGACGGUGAUGAUAAUUCCUAUAAAAACAGAAUAAGGGAGGAAAAGAUAAAGAAGUUACUYAAGGAGCAAGCUUCAGAGAGAAAUCCUGAUGCUGAAUGUAAYAGUGAUGAAGAAACACCAGACAUGGAGUUUGACAACAGAAUGAAGAUUCCUGGUCACAUUUGGCACAAACUGUAUUUAUACCAACAAACUGGUGUGAAAUGGUUAUGGGAGCUUCACUGUCAACAUGCAGGAGGCAUUAUUGGUGAUGAAAUGGGACUUGGCAAGACAAUACAAGCAAUUGCCUUCUUAGCUGGUUUGAAAUACAGUAAAAUAGGAACCAAGAAGUCCAGGGCUGGUCUAGGUCCCAUUCUGAUAGUCUCACCAGUCACAGUUCUUCAUCAGUGGGUGUCAGAGUUUCAUAAAUGGGCUCCAGAAUUUCGUGUUGCUGUYCUMCAUGAUACAGGAUCUUAUCAAGGACAUAAGGAUACAUUGAUAAGAAAGAUUUGCCAUGCUAAUGGUGUACUAGUGACGUCAUACUCAGGAGUGCGCAUGAGCAUUGAUAGCUURUUGAAUAAACAUUGGGAUUACGUCAUAUUAGAUGAGGGUCAUAAAAUACGAAACCCUGAUGCAGAAAUUACACUGGCCUGCAAACAGUUUCGUACACCACAUCGUAUCAUCCUAACUGGAACUCCCAUGCAGAACAACCUACGUGAACUGUGGUCACUGUUUGACUUUGUUUUCCCCGGUAAACUUGGUACCUUACCAGUUUUCAUGACRGAGUUCUCUGUUCCAAUAACUACUGGUGGCUAUGCUAAUGCAUCCACAAUUCAGGUGCAAACAGCAUACAAGUGCGCAUGCGUACUACGAGAUACCAUCAAUCCAUACCUACUGAGGCGGCUGAAAAAAGAUGUCAAAAUGAGUCUUGAAUUACCUGAUAAAAACGAGCAGGUGUUGUUUUGCCGUCUUUCUGAAGAACAGCGAGAGUUAUACCAACAGUAUCUGGACUCAAGAGAAGUCCAGGCAAUUCUUGCUGGAAAUUACAAGGUCUUUCCUGGUCUAAUCAUGUUACGUAAGAUAUGUAAUCAUCCAGACCUGACGUCAGAAGCGGGUUCUUUAGUCAAAGCAAAUCAAGAUAAAAUCAAAGCCGAGAAAGGUCUGCUCCAGGGUCCCGCGGAUGAAGACGAUGGGUACGGGGAUUGGCGGCGAGCUGGUAAAAUGAUUGUAGUGGAAGCGCUUUUAAAGAUGUGGAAAGCACAGGGACAUCGCGUUCUGCUGUUUUCUCAGAGUAGACAGAUGCUGAAUAUAAUGGAAAAGUUCGUUGUGUCCCGAGGGUACUCCUACCGGCGCAUGGACGGCAGCACCUCCGUUUCAACCAGACAACCUUUAGUWAACAAGUUCAAUACGGACACGUCAAUCUUCGUGUUUCUUCUGACGACACGGGUGGGAGGACUGGGUGUGAAUCUGACGGGAGCAGACAGAGUCAUUAUUUAUGACCCAGACUGGAAUCCAAGCACGGACACGCAGGCCCGUGAGCGAUCUUGGAGGAUUGGGCAAAAUAAUAAAGUCACUAUCUAUCGGUUGCUGACAUCCGGGACUAUAGAGGAAAAGAUAUACCACAGGCAAAUCUUCAAACAGUUUUUGACAAACCGAGUUCUCAAAGACCCAAAGCAAAGGCGAUUUUUCAAGUCGAACGACCUGUACGAGCUUUUCACCCUGGACGAGAGCUACAAGAAACAAGGCACCGAAACCAGUGCAAUAUUCGCUGGGACAAACUGCGAAGUGAAGGUCAAGAAUCCAAAGAAGCGUAAAACAGACCCAAGAGAGGCAGCACAGCCUGUCAAGAAGAGUAAACCUACAGUGAAACCGACUAAAAAAUCUAAAAUCACCAAGAAAGAACCCAUUGAUGAUGGAGGGGCUUUCAGUAUUGAUGCCAGGGAUAURAUAGAGAUCAGUCGUGCAAAGGAGGCCGAUCAAGCGGAAAAAAGCAAACAUGUCUCCACUUCUGAAGACCACAAAGAAGAACGCACUACUGAUGACGUCAAGUCCAGUAAUGACGUCACUUCAACGGAAAAUUCCAGCAACAUUGAWUCAAGAGWGGAAUCUAGUYAUGACGUCAGUCUACCAGCAAAAYCCAACGAUGACAUCACUCCGAGAAGCAGGUCUUACAAAGACGUCAACUCUGGAGAGAAAUCUAAUAGUAGCGCCACUCCAAGAGAUAAAUCUGCUAUUGACGUCACUGAUGAGGGUAGUAAUGGACAUAUUACAUCAUUAAGUGAUGACGUUAAUUUAGGUGCACAUUCCGCAUUUGAAGGUAACAUCGUGCCAAACACUAACUUAUCUGAAGAAGCAAACUUAAAUAAUGUCAAAAAUGACGUUAAAAAAGAAGUAGUGGAGACAAUCAUCGUCGAUUCACAGGGGUCAGCGGGAAUCCUUGAAAGUAAAACCGUGUCAAGUAAGGAAGGUCGAAAGAAGAAGAAGCUGAAAGCUUCAACGUUAUCAGACAGAGAAAUAAGAAGAUUAACUAGAAUAAAAAAGAACAGAAGGAAAAGACAGAAAAAAGGAAAAAUUGAAGGCCACGAGAUUGACAACCUUGAUUAUCAUGAAAUAUACCAUACUGAAUCGAGUACAGACACCACUGACCGGCCUGCGGCAAGUCAUAAUGAGGACGCAGUCCUCACUGCGUUGUUUAGGAAAGGCGGCGUUCACAGCGCUCUAAAGCAUGAUGUCAUUAUGGAUUCUGGAAACCCUGAUUAUUCGCUGGUCGAAAGCGAGGCUAAUCGAGUAGCCCAGCAGGCUGUGCAAGCGUUAAAGAAGUCUCGGCAGCAGUGCUUAGGAGCGAGGUCUGGUGUUCCUACCUGGACUGGCGUAUCUGGUCUGUCUGGACACUCGUCAGCCCCUAAACCAAAACCAAAAUUUGGAAAGAAAACUAAUAACACUACACAAGAAGCACCAAAGCCAACAAAGAAAGGCAAAGAGCCCGCGUUAUUCAGCGGUGCCUUCAUGGGUUUACAAACAAACGAAGAAGACUCAGCGCCAGUCUCUUCAAGUCAACUGCUGGCAAAAAUGCGUGCGCGCAAUAACGUAAUACCAGAGGAGUCUGAUACUAGUGCGGUUCCUGAAACUGAACAUGAUUCCUUAUUGGCUGAAAUAAGUCAGUUUGUGACGUCAGGUGGYUCGGUCGCAGGCCAAGCUACCACUCAGGAGAUCCUGGAACGUUUUAGUUCCAAGCUACCGCGGGAAAACACAGCGGUUUUUCGUGCCUUGCUGCGACGCAUUUGCGAUUUUAAACGCGAUAGCAACAGGGAAGGUGUUUGGAGGUUAAAAAGUGACUUCCUUUGAAGUAGAUUAUUUUAUAAAUACUGUAAAUUAUUCAAAUUAUUGUUUAUAUAAAGAAUGAUUUUACUAUACAUACACAUUAAACGUUUACAGUUGGCAACAAUGUUCAACGUUUCCGUUGCCAUUAGAUUAAGUGUGUUCGGUACUUUGUCGCACUCGGAAUUCAAGAGUGUAAACGUUUUGUAUUGGUUCAAGUGUCGCUCUUCAACGUUUGAAUCGGUGAGUCUUGAAUUAAAAAACGUUUUUGAAGGCAAGUAAUUUCCUAUUGAACACUUCCUUCGGAUUUCCCAUAAAAAUCCUGAGUUGGUUACACUUACAAUGCAAGUUUGAAUGGCCCGGCAUGAUUUAAAAAAGUAUAUAUUUUGAGGAUGAUUUCAACUUGAUAAUACUUGCACGAACUGAACAAUUUCUUAACAGAAAAAAAGCUUAUGUAUUCGACUUUGUCAUUUGAAUGCAUAUGUUUCAUACUGUUUUUCCCUCAAAUAAAAUAGCUUGGACUUUCCGGUGCCUAUAGUACUGUCUAUAGCGAAGUUCACUGGUGUCUUGUCUUUAGUCAUAACUUGUAAAUGGCUUAUUAAAGAAUAAACAACAUAAAAAGCA